CGGGGCUGGCACGGCGCGCUGUGUGCGGAGCCCGGCGAGCGGCCGAACGCCGCGGCGCUGCCCGGCCGCCCCUCCGCGGCGAGGACCGGGGGAGACUAGAGGCGACUCUGCGAGGAGCCCGGUGGCUUCGGCAGCCCCUGAGACCCAACUCCGUCGCGGGCUCUUGAGGAGGAAUUGACAACAUGGCUUCCCCACCGCACCAGCAGCUGCUGCAUCACCACAGCACCGAGGUGAGCUGCGACUCCAGCGGGGACAGCAACAGCGUGACGGUGAAAAUCAACCCCAAGCAGCACCAGGGCUGCUCCUCUUCCAAGCACUGCAAGUACAGCAUCUCCUCCAGCUGCAGCUCGGGGGAGUCGGGGGGCACCCGCCGAGCCGGCGGAGCCGGCGGCGGUGGCUCCGGCCUCCGGCGGCCGAAGAAGCUGCCGCAGCUCUUCGAGAGGGCCUCUUCCAAGUGGUGGAACCCCAAGUUCGACUCCAACAAUCUGGAGGAGGCUUGCAUGGAGAGAUGCUUCCCGCAGACCCAGCGCAGGUUUCGCUAUGCCCUCUUCUACAUCGGCGUGGCCUGCCUGCUCUGGGGCAUCUACUUCGGCGUACACAUGAGAGAGAAACAGAUCGUUUUCAUGGUGCCGGCUCUGUGCUUCCUCCUGGUAUGUGUAGCUUUUUUUGUGUUCACUUUCACUAAGACCUACGCCCGCCAUUACGUCUGGACUUCGCUGAUACUCACCCUCCUGGUGUUUGCCCUGACCCUCGCUCCGCAGUUCCAGGCUCUGAAGCCUGUCUCAGGAAGUGGUGACAUGUCCAAUCGGACUCCCCCGGCAGAUCCCACAGACACUUGUCUCUCUCAAGUGGGCAGUUUUUCUAUGUGUAUCGAAGUGCUCUUGUUGCUUUACACGGUGAUGCACUUACCCCUGUAUUUAAGCUUGUUUCUGGGACUGUCGUACUCGGUCCUCUUCGAGACCUUUGGUUAUCACUUCCGCGACGAGAACUGUUUCGCACCUCUCGGAGCCGGGGUGGUUUACUGGGAGCUCUUGAGCAAAGCCUUCCUGCACAUCUGCAUCCAUGCCAUUGGCAUUCAUUUAUUUAUCAUGUCCGAAGUCAGAUCGAGAAGCACAUUCCUGAAAGUGGGGCAAUCCAUCAUGCAUGGAAAAGACUUGGAAGUGGAAAAAGCCCUGAAAGAGAGGAUGAUUCAUUCUGUUAUGCCGAGAAUAAUAGCCGAUGACUUAAUGAAGCAGGGCGAUGAUGAAAGCGAAAACUCCAUCAAGCGUCAUUCCACCUCAAGCCCCAAAAACAGGAAGAAGAAGCCCUCCAUACAGAAAACCCCCAUAAUAUUCCGUCCUUUUAAAAUGCAGCAGAUAGAGCAAGUGAGCAUUUUGUUCGCAGACAUCGUCGGCUUCACGAAAAUGAGCGCCAACAAAUCGGCCCACGCGCUGGUGGGACUCCUGAAUGACCUCUUUGGACGCUUCGACCGCCUGUGUGAGGACACCAAAUGUGAGAAGAUCAGCACUUUGGGGGACUGUUACUACUGCGUGGCCGGCUGCCCCGAGCCCCGGCCGGAUCAUGCCUACUGCUGCAUCGAGAUGGGCUUGGGCAUGAUCAGAGCCAUCGAGCAGUUCUGCCAGGAGAAGAAAGAAAUGGUGAACAUGAGGGUCGGCGUUCACACCGGGACGGUCCUGUGCGGCAUUUUGGGAAUGAGGAGGUUCAAGUUCGAUGUGUGGUCCAACGAUGUCAACUUGGCCAAUCUGAUGGAGCAGCUCGGGGUGGCUGGGAAGGUCCAUAUUUCAGAAGCUACUGCCAAAUAUUUGGAUGAUCGUUAUGAAAUGGAGGAUGGGAAGGUGAUUGAGCGCGUUGGGCAGAGCGUGGUAGCUGACCAGUUGAAAGGUUUGAAGACCUAUCUGAUCUCAGGUCAGAGGGUGAGGGAGCCCCACUGCAGCUGUUCACAAGCGUUGCUGCCUGGCUUGGAGUCCACAGACGGAGCCAGGACACAGGGAGCGUCCUCGGCCGAGAACCCCCGGGACUCCACCGAGGCUCUCAAACAGGUGGAGAAACCAAAGCCUUGCCCUUCAUGUAGUACCACCCUUGCUCCCCACUGCGAUGUCAGCAUAGAGGAAGGAGCUAUCCAAAAUGGUUGUCAGGAUGAGCAUAAAAACAGUACAAAGGCUCCAGGAGGACACAGUCCCAAGACUCAGAAUGGACUUCUGAGUCCUCCACAGGAGGAAAAGCUCAGCAACAGUCAGACCUCUCUGUAUGAAAUGCUGCAGGAGAAAGGACGGUGGGGCGGAGUGAGCCUGGAUCAGUCAGCUCUCCUCCCUCUGAGGUUCAAAAACAUCCGAGAAAAGACAGAUGCUCACUUUGUGGAUGUGAUUAAAGAGGACAGCCUCAUGAAAGAUUAUUUCUUUAAACCACCUAUUAACAAGCUGAGCCUGAACUUCCUGGAUCAGGAUUUGGAGAUGGCCUACAGGACGAGCUACCAGGAAGAGGUUAAAAACAACGCUCCGGUGAAGACGUUCGCCAGCGCUACCUUCAGCUCUCUCCUGGACGUGUUCCUGUCCACCACCGUCUUCCUCAUCCUCUCCAUCACGUGUUUCCUGAGGCACGGCAUGGUGGCGUCCCCUCCGCCCCCCGCGGCCGUCGCCGUGUUCGUGGUGGCCAUCCUGCUGGAAGUGCUGUCCCUCGUCGUCUCAGUCAGGAUGGCGUUCUUCCUGGAGGAGGUGAUGACUUGCACCAAGCGUCUCCUGGAGGUGAUAUCUGGCUGGCUGCCUCGGCAUUUCUUCGGUGCCAUCCUGGUUUCUCUCCCAGCUCUUGCAGUUUUCUCGCACUUCACCUCUGAUUUUGAAACAAAUAUACAUUACACCAUGUUCAUGUGUUGUGCCAUUCUCAUCACCAUUGUGCAGUACUGUAACUUCUGCCAGCUCAGCUCCUGGAUGAGGUCCCUGCUGGCAACCGUGGUGGGAGCGGUGCUGCUCAUCCUGCUCUACGUGUCCCUGUGCCCGGACAGCUCCAUGGAAACUCCUCAUCUAGAAUUGGCACAGAACUUUAGCUCCAGGAAGAGCCCCUGCAACAGCUCGGUGCCAAAUGACACGAAGAGGCCGGCAGAGCUGAUUGGUCAGGAGGUGGUUCUGGUUUCCUUCCUCCUGCUGCUCCUGGUCUGGUUCCUGAACCGAGAGUUCGAGGUCAGCUACCGCCUGCACUACCACGGGGACGUGGAGGCCGAUCUCCAUCGCACCAAAAUCCAGAGCAUGAGGGAUCAAGCUGACUGGUUGCUGAGGAAUAUCAUCCCGUACCACGUGGCUGAGCAGCUGAAGGUGUCCCAGAGCUACUCCAAAAACCACGACAGUGGCGGGGUGAUCUUUGCCAGCAUCGUGAACUUCAGCGAGUUCUACGAAGAGAACUACGAGGGGGGCAAGGAGUGUUACCGAGUGCUGAACGAGCUCAUCGGGGAUUUCGACGAGCUGCUGAGCAAAGCCCACUACAGCAGCAUCGAGAAGAUCAAAACCAUCGGGGCCACCUACAUGGCGGCCUCGGGGCUGAACACGUCGCAGUGCCAGGACAGCAGCCACCCCCACGGACACCUGCAGACCCUGUUCGAGUUUGCCAAAGAGAUGAUGCAGGUGGUGGACGACUUCAACAACAACAUGCUGUGGUUCAAUUUUAAGCUCCGGAUCGGCUUCAACCACGGCCCCCUGACGGCCGGGGUCAUCGGCACCACCAAGCUGCUGUACGACAUCUGGGGGGACACCGUGAACAUCGCGAGCAGGAUGGACACCACCGGCGUCGAGUGCCGCAUCCAGGUGAGUGAGGAGAGCUACCGCAUCCUCAGCAAGAUGGGGUAUGACUUUGACUACAGGGGGACGGUCAACGUGAAGGGCAAGGGUCAGAUGAAGACCUACCUUUACCCAAAAUGCAUGGACAACGGGAUUGUGCCGCAUCACCAGUUGUCUAUAUCUCCAGACAUUCGGGUUCAAGUGGAUGGCAGCAUCGGGCGGUCUCCCACGGACGAGAUUGCCAACCUGGUGCCUUCUGUACAGAAUUCUGAUAACACAGCCCAUGGCACAGAUAACUCAGAAAACAAGGACAUCCCUCCUUCCGCCAAGAAGCUCCAGCAAGAGGCGGCGAAGGCAGAGGAGAGGGGCAGGUUCGGCAAAGCCACGGAGAAGCCUGACUGUGAGGAAGCGGGGACUGAGGAGGUCAAUGAACUGACAAAGCUAAAUAUCUCUAAGAGUGUAUGAUGCACUGUCAGAGUUGCAUGAAGUGCUCUGUCCGUAGAAACACACUGACUUUUGCAAUUGGCAGUUUUCUUUUUCAAGAGAGACCGUCUCCACCCCCGGGUCGUACGUUUGCGUUCAUUUCGGCGCCUGGGGCUGUGUGGAUCACAGCUCUUCAGGGCUUGUCUUCAUCCAUCUCUCUCCUUCAUGCCCCAAAUCACAUCUCAAGCUCCCCAGCUCCCCUGUGCAACCAUCUUACAGCUGAGUAGAGGAUAUUAAGUGCCUUCAGAUAUACUCCAUUGGACUCCCUGUCAAGGUACAGAGGCCCCAAGUGAAAUCAUAGCUUUGGGUAUUUAUCUAAUUUUAAAGAAAAGCUGUGGUUAUAUCAUUUUUAUUGUUGUUUCUCACAAAACACUUUUUUUGGCUAAUGCAACUCCUUGGGUUUUUUAUAUCUCUCGGAACAAUGUUUUACUGUUAUCAGACCUUUUGUAUGUAACACACAGACAUGUGCAUGUAUCUACCAUAUGAGACUGCUAUAAAGUGCCAGUAACGCACCACAAGAAUGUCUGGGCGAGGGGUGACACGCUCUGGGUCGGGCUGGAGGAGGAGCCGUGCCGUGGCUCAGCCUGUAGUUAGGGCAGGAGGAGCAGCCGCCGCAGUUCUGUUCCCCUUUACUGAUGCUUUCUUCAGCCUCCACGUGCCAUCGUGUGCUUUGGAUACACUUCUUUUCCGUAUAGCCAAUGAGUUACUGAUAUGUGGGAGAGGAAUAAGGGUUGGGACAGCACCAGCUCUCGGGACAGGUUUCCAGAAGCAGCUGAGAGACCUCGGGAGUGUUGCAGUGCAGGGCUCACAACUCCCAGCGCCGUCCGGGGUUGCUCCGUACGCGGCUGAGGUGGCCAAGGUAGGUGGCGUCGGUGUCUCUGAGCUGAUUGGAGAGAGAGAGAGACUGAGAGAGAGAGAGAAAAAAAA